AUGUGGGAUUGGUUUCACAGCCUGCAGGUCUUUAUCUGUCGGGGCACAUAUACUACAGAUCCUCCUGCCACAGAGACACAGGAGCAGCAAAAGGCCACAGCAGCCAACCUCACCGACCACAACACACACAGCUCAUCUCCACCUGAGGCCCCACAGAGAAACAACCCUGGCUACCGGAAACCGAUCGUAUCAGUGGAGCUCCCUCCCGGUGCCCGUAAUUUCGGGGUGCAGUUCCGCUGGUGGCAGCCGUACCACUCUGGGCGUGGCCGUGACGUGUGGGCAGUGGAUGACAUCACUAUGACCUCUGUACUGUUCAACACCAUCAGUCUGGACUUCAUUUCUCAGGCGAGCCCCCCCGGGUCCAGUAUCCGUUAUGUGGAGACACAGUCCAUGCAGAUCGGAGCGUCCUACACCCUGCAGUUUUCAUUGGUCAUGGGCUGCGGCCGAGACCCCUCCCCCAACAUCGACACACAGGUCCGCCUGGAGUUCUCCACCAAUCACGGCCUGACCUGGCACCUAGUCAAAGAGGCCUGUCUGCCAGGGAUGCCCAGCUGUUCUGAGUUCACUGCCCCAAGUGUAUAUCAUCCCUCUGAGUUCACUGACUGGAGACGUAUUACAUUACCGCUACCACACAGAGCAUGGUCCAGUGCGACUCGGUUCCGUUGGAUCCAGAACUACUAUGGCGAGCAGGAUGAAUGGGCUCUGGACGAUAUCUACAUUGGACAGCAGUGCCCUCAGAUGUGCCACGGACACGGAUGGUGUGACCACGGACACUGCAGGUGUGAUGAAGGUUUCUCAGGUCCAGACUGCCUGUCCUCCUCUCCUCUCUCCUCCAGUGUCCUGUCAGACUUUGAGUCCCAGGACGGUCUGCUGGCCACGUGGCAGGAGGUGAUUGGUGGAGAGGUGGUGACCCCUGAUGUGGGCUGUGGGGUGGUCUCCUCUGGGUCCUCGCUCUACUUCAGCAAGGCUGGACUGAGGCAGCUGGUGAGCUAUGACCUGGACACAGAGUGGGCGGAGUUUGUCCAGUUUUACCUCCGUGUGGGCGGAGACUGGGCGGAGUGUAACACAGCAGACAGCAGGGAGGAAGGAGUCCUUCUACAGUACAGUAACAAUGGAGGAAUCAGCUGGGGACUCAUCGCUGAGAUGUACUUCAGCGACUUCAUCAAGCCACGGUUUGUCCACUAUGAGCUGCCGCUGGCCUCUAAGACCUCGUGCACCAGGUUCAGAUGGUGGCAGCCCCUCCACUCUGGGGACGGCUACGACCAGUGGGCCAUCGAUGAUGUCAUCAUACUGUCUGAGAGACAGAAGCACAUCAUCCCCAUGGCCAACCCCACGCUGCCCCAGAACUUCUAUGAGAAGCCGGCGUUUGACUACCCUCUGAACCAGAUGAGUGUGUGGCUGAUGCUGGGCAACGAGGGCAUGGAGAAGGAGAGGAACGGCAGCUUCUGUGCCGCCACGCCCUCCGCCAUGGUGUUCGGGCGCUCUGACGGAGACAGGGUGGCAGUGACCAGAGAUCUGGCUCUACGUCCAGGGUACACCCUGCAGUUUAAGUUGAACAUCGGCUGUGAGUCCCAGUUCAGUGCGUCAGCUCCAGUCCUGCUGCAGUACUCCCAUGAUGCCGGCCGUACCUGGGCGCUGGUGAAGGAGGGCUGCUACCCAGCAUCCUCGGGGGCAGGCGGCUGCGAGGGCAGUGGGCGGGAACUCAGGGAACCAACCGUCUACGCCACGGGAGACUUUGAACGCUGGACCAGGGUCACCGUGGUGAUACGGCGCAACGUGGCCGCCAGUAAAACGAGGUUCCGGUGGUUCCAGGAGAGUAGUGUGUACCGGGACGCUCCAGCCUUUGCCCUAGACGGAGUCUACAUCUCUGAGCCCUGUCCCAACCACUGUGGAGGACACGGAGACUGCAUCUCUGGAGUAUGCUUCUGUGAUAUGGGCUAUACAGUGGAACAGGACAGCUGUGUGCCAGCAGUGGCCAGUCCCACAGAGCUGGUGGAGGGCUUUGAGAGCAAGCUGAGCCCGCUGUGGCAGAGCCUGAGUGGGGGUCAGGUUGGAGGCGGCUGUGGUACCAUCAGCGAGGGCAAAGCCCUGUACUUCAGCAGCUCUGGAAAAAGACAGGCACUGACUGUCACCCUGGAUACCACAAACACACGGCUGGUGCAAUUCUACACGCGAAUCGGAGGGAAGAACGUUGGACCCACCUGCACUAGACCUCGCUCCCGCAACGAAGGAGUGGUUGUCCAGUUCUCAACCAACAACGGAGUGCAGUGGCAGUUCCUGAGAGAGCUGGACUUUGGCUCCUUCCUGGAACCCCAGGUGGUGACCAUUGAACUGCCUCCAGCCGCCAAGACCCCCUACACAGUGUUCCGCUGGUGGCAGCCACAGCAAGGUAAACACUCAGCCCAGUGGGCGUUGGAUGACGUCCUGAUCGGUAUGAACGACAGUUCCAGGACUGGUUUCCAUGACAAGUUCGCCGGGACGUCCCCUCUGAGACACAACUGGUACCGUGUCCAGGGGGGAGAGGUCACAGUGGACUGUUUGUCUCUGGACACGGCUCUGUCCUUCUACUCCGAUGCCACAGACAAGAAGCCACGGUACGCAGAGAGCUGGGACUUUGAGGUGUCUGGCUCUUCCUUCCUGCAGUUUGACCUGUCUAUGGGUUGCAGUAAGACAGUCACGUCCUCUCAUGGUGUCAGGCUGGAGUAUUCCACAGACUGCGGGCGCCACUGGGCCCUGCUCACCCCAGAGUGUGUGCCCCCUGCCAUUGGCUGUACUGGCUACACUAUGAACUCUGUGUACACCGCUACGCGGUACACCCGUUGGAGGAGGGUUACGGUGUAUCUGCCCAGCGCUGCCAAUUCUCCCAGAACACGGUUCAGAUGGAUCCAGCCUCACUUCAUCCCCGGGGCUGAUGGCUGGGCCUUGGACAAUGUGCUGCUGGCCCCUGGCUGUCCCUGGAUGUGCUCUGGACACGGACUCUGUGACAACGGACGCUGUGUGUGUGACCAUGGUUACGGCGGGGCCCACUGCGUGCCCCUGGCCCCCCUCCCCUCCAUCCUGAGAGAAGACUUCAACGAGAACCUGGCGGCGGAGCAGUGGCCCGAGGUGUACGGGGCUGAGAGGGGGACGCUCAGCGGGGAGCCCCUCAAAUCUGGCACCGCACUCAUCUUCAAAGGGGAAGGUCUACGUAUGUUGGUGUCUAGGGACCUGGACUGUACCAGCACACUUUACAUCCAGUUCUCCUUCAAGUUCAUCACUAAGGGCGUCCCAGAACGGUCCCACUCGGUGCUGCUGCAGUACUCAGUGAACGGAGGAAUCAGCUGGUUGCUGUUAGAUGAGUUCUACUUCCCCACCUCGACCGACACACUGUUCCUACACCUCCCUCUGCCUGCCAGGGCCCAGACCAACGCUACCCGCUUCAGGCUCUGGCAGCCCUACAACAGUGGUAAGAAAGAGGAGGUGUGGGUGAUUGAUGACCUGAUCAUCGAUGGCAGCUCACUCAACACUCCUGUAGUCUCAGACAACUUCGAGGGCGGACCCCAAAACUACAACUGGCUCUUCUACCCAGGAGGCAACACUGGACUCUACUGCCCUUACCAGAAGAGUGGCCUGAUCGUAUCAGUGGAGCUCCCUCCCGGUGCCCGUAAUUUCGGUGUGCAGUUCCGCUGGUGGCAGCCGUACCACUCUGGGCGUGGCCGUGACGUGUGGGCAGUGGAUGACAUCACUAUGACCUCUGUACUGUUCAACACCAUCAGUCUGGACUUCAGUAAUGUACUGGAUGUCACUCAGAGUCUAGGCUUCUACCUUGGACACGUCCAGCCCUACUGCCGACACGACUGGACACUCAGUUUCUCAGGCGAGCCCAGCCCCGGGUCCAGUAUCCGUUAUGUGGAGACACAGUCCAUGCAGAUCGGAGCGUCCUACACCCUGCAGUUUUCAUUGGUCAUGGGCUGCGGCCGAGACCCCUCCCCCAACAUCGACACACAGGUCCGCCUGGAGUUCUCCACCAAUCACGGCCUGACCUGGCACCUAGUCAAAGAGGCCUGUCUGCCAGGGAUGCCCAGCUGUUCUGAGUUCACUGCCCCAAGUGUAUAUCAUCCCUCUGAGUUCACUGACUGGAGACGUAUUACAUUACCGCUACCACACAGAGCAUGGUCCAGUGCGACUCGGUUCCGUUGGAUCCAGAACUACUAUGGCGAGCAGGAUGAAUGGGCUCUGGACGAUAUCUACAUUGGACAGCAGUGCCCUCAGAUGUGCCACGGACACGGAUGGUGUGACCACGGACACUGCAGGUGUGAUGAAGGUUUCUCAGGUCCAGACUGCCUGUCCUCCUCUCCUCUCUCCUCCAGUGUCCUGUCAGACUUUGAGUCCCAGGACGGUCUGCUGGCCACGUGGCAGGAGGUGAUUGGUGGAGAGGUGGUGACCCCUGAUGUGGGCUGUGGGGUGGUCUCCUCUGGGUCCUCGCUCUACUUCAGCAAGGCUGGACUGAGGCAGCUGGUGAGCUAUGACCUGGACACAGAGUGGGCGGAGUUUGUCCAGUUUUACCUCCGUGUGGGCGGAGACUGGGCGGAGUGUAACACAGCAGACAGCAGGGAGGAAGGAGUCCUUCUACAGUACAGUAACAAUGGAGGAAUCAGCUGGGGACUCAUCGCUGAGAUGUACUUCAGCGACUUCAUCAAGCCACGGUUUGUCCACUAUGAGCUGCCGCUGGCCUCUAAGACCUCGUGCACCAGGUUCAGAUGGUGGCAGCCCCUCCACUCUGGGGACGGCUACGACCAGUGGGCCAUCGAUGAUGUCAUCAUACUGUCUGAGAGACAGAAGCACAUCAUCCCCAUGGCCAACCCCACGCUGCCCCAGAACUUCUAUGAGAAGCCGGCGUUUGACUACCCUCUGAACCAGAUGAGUGUGUGGCUGAUGCUGGGCAACGAGGGCAUGGAGAAGGAGAGGAACGGCAGCUUCUGUGCCGCCACGCCCUCCGCCAUGGUGUUCGGGCGCUCUGACGGAGACAGGGUGGCAGUGACCAGAGAUCUGGCUCUACGUCCAGGGUACACCCUGCAGUUUAAGUUGAACAUCGGCUGUGAGUCCCAGUUCAGUGCGUCAGCUCCAGUCCUGCUGCAGUACUCCCAUGAUGCCGGCCGUACCUGGGCGCUGGUGAAGGAGGGCUGCUACCCAGCAUCCUCGGGGCAGGCGGCUGCGAGGGCAGUGGGCGGGAACUCAGGGAACCAACCGUCUACGCCACGGGAGACUUUGAACGCUGGACCAGGGUCACCGUGGUGAUACGGCGCAACGUGGCCGCCAGUAAAACGAGGUUCCGGUGGUUCCAGGAGAGUAGUGUGUACCGGGACGCUCCAGCCUUCGCCCUAGACGGAGUCUACAUCUCUGAG